CAUUUACGGAAGAACAUUAAUUAAAAUUUGGCAAUUAUUGAAAAUAUUCAAAAUAUUAUUUUAAAUGUGACACCAUUUUGAUAUCAAAAAUUUUAAGAUGAAUCAGAUGUGUAAGGUUUGCGGGGAACCAGCCGCAGGUUUUCACUUCGGAGCUUUUACCUGUGAAGGAUGUAAAUCCUUUUUUGGCCGCACAUAUAACAACAUAUCUGCGAUAUCGGGUUGUAAGAAUAAUGGUGAUUGCAUUAUUAAUAAAAAAAAUAGAACAGCGUGUAAAGCAUGUCGAUUAAGGAAAUGUUUAUUGGUUGGAAUGUCUAAAAGCGGUUCAAGAUAUGGUCGUCGAUCAAAUUGGUUUAAAAUUCAUUGUCUUCUUCAAGAACAACAAUCACAUCAUCAACAGCAACAACAGCAUCAACAAAAUUUCGUUAAUAAUAAUAAUAAUAAUAAUGAUUCAACAAAUAAUAAUAGUACAAAAAAUGAUAAUAAAUCAUCCUCACCUCAACAAAUUACAUCAUCAAAUUUAGAACAAUUUAGUUUAGCACAUCAGCAUCUGCUUGCAAAACAAACAUAUCAAGAUAAAACAAAUCCAUCAAUUAAAUCAGUGGCAUUACAAAAUUCAAGUAUUUUAAUGAAUUCAUUUUUACCGUCAAAUCAUCAACAUCAUUCUCAAUAUCAUAUAUUAAAUGGAAAUAAUAAUAAAUUGAAUAACAGCAAUAAUAAUAAUAAUAACAAUACUAAUACACCACGAUAUCCUCAAUCAAAAUCUGAGCCAGUAAAUAGAAGUCGAUCACCUAGUGAUUCAGGUGCAUCAUCUGCCGAUCCAGAUGAAAAUUAUAGUAACAGUAAUAAAGAUUUACAAAUAAUUCAUUCAAAUGAUACAAUUGAUGAUAAUAAUGGAGAUGUUACGCCGAAUAUUGUAAGUGGCGAAGAUGACGGUGUUGGUAAUAUUAAUUGUCAUAGUGCUGAUAUUGUUAUUAGAAAUUGUAUUGGUAAUGAAAUUGAAGACUUUCCCCGUGAUAGUGACGAUCAUAGUAGUAAGAAAAAGAAUUCUCUAUUAAAUUCAUUUAACAUAAAUACACUUGUACGAAGCUCAUCAGAACCAUUAAAAAAUUUUUCUAUAUGUUCUGGUAGUGAUGGACAAGAUGAACCAAUUGAUUUAUCGGUUAAGAGCCCAAAUUGUAAAUCAGCAUCACCAAUAUUAAGAACUAUAGAAAUUGGAAAUAAACCAGCACCAUUAGAUCUCACAUUGGUUCGAUCUCAAUCAACAUCCGGCUAG